AGCGUCUUCACCGGCUCAACUGUUCGCACUGAACGCCCAUCUUUCCGAUCGUUGCGCAGCAUGCUGGACCUGCUCACCAUCUUCUCAGCCACGGGGCUCCAGCAAGAGUUGGAGGCAGCCAAAGGAGAGAAGAGUUUGAUGAUGCGCCAGGACUUGGAGCACACCUUUCUGGAGAGCGCGGCCGACUGCGUGUCACGUGCGCUGCAAGUGGUGGAUGGUGCCAUGGCGCAAGGUGUGGAUGCUCUCCUUGGUUCUGAGACCGCCGAAAAAGCGCCAACGGUGGAGCCAAAGAAAGUGUGAUGCCAUGGCGGCUGACGUUGGCUCCAAGCGACUGACGACUGGAACAUGAAUUUUCA